AUGAAGUUCACUACUUUCACUUUAUUUGCCCUUCUCCCAGCUACCGCGUUAGCUCAAAGCUCCAGUGCUGCCUCUGCCAGUGCUUCUGCCUCUGCCUCUGCCAGUGCCUCUGCUUCUUCAGCUACAGCCUCUGGAGCUGCGAGCAAUGGGACAGAGUAUCUCACCACUGUCUUGGGAGCUCUGAGUGCUGCCGGUCUCACAUCGCUCGUAUCAGCUGCUCAAGGAAUCGCAGGAACGACAGAAGGUCAAGCAUUACUAGGCUCACUUUCACAAGGAAAUAAAACCGUAUUCGCACCUUCCAACGCUGCUCUAUCAAACGUCUCUCAAGAUAUAUUAAGUAACAAUGCACUGCUAACUCAAAUCUUAUCAUACCACAUUCUCAACAACACGUGUACUCCUGCUGGAAUCAUGUCAACACCUAAUCAUACUAUCGCCCGAACAACUUUAAGAGGUGGUAAUUAUACUUUACCUGGAAACUUUACUGCUCCAUUAGUUUUAUCUAAAAAUUCAACUAAUUCAACUGGAUUCCAAAUUGUUCAAACGUCAAACAACAUUACUGCCUCAGGAAAUGGUACUGCCGCAGCAAAUCUAUUAGUAUAUGUAAUUGACCAAGUGAUCACUUUACCUCAAUCAUUAACUACUGUUUUACCUCAAUUGGCACCUCAAUUAUUCGGUUUAGCAGGAUCUAUACCUGGAUUAGCGACUCAAUUGACUUCUGCCAAUGGAAUAACUAUAUUCGCUCCUAAUGACGCUGCUAUAGGUGCCAUCCAAUCUUCUUUGGGUACAUUGAAUUCAACUCAAGUUACAAACGUCCUAAGUAACCAUAUCAUCAAUGGAACUGCUGUCUAUUCAACUGGAUUGGGAAGUGGUAAUUAUACUUCAGCCGGCGGUGAACCAUUUAAAUUCGUAACAAAUUCAACUGGAUCUUAUGUAACUUCAGCAAAUUCAACGGCCAAGAUCCUACAAAGUGAUGUUAUCAUCAAUAACGGUGUUAUUCAUGUAAUCGACAGUGUCCUCGUCAACACGAAUGCUAACGCUCAAGCAGCUGCUUCAGCUUAUUCGUCAGCCGCCGCUGCAGCUUCCACUUCCACCGAGGCCAAUACCCCGGUGACAGCUACAUCAGCCGCUACGACUCCAUCGGGAAGUACAUCCGCUUCAGGGGCUGCAUCUGCUGGAGAGAGACUCGCUCCUCUAGGUAUCACCACUUUCAUGAUGGGCGGUAUCGUCGCUGUAGUGAGUGCUGUUGUAGGAGGCGUCAUCACUCUUUUCUAA